CAGAGAUACGAAACGAUACGAGAGGUCGGUGGGUCAAUAAAAAUGUAUUUUUACAGUAGAUUUUAGAAGCUCGUCAUGGUUUUUGCUCUUUGCCUUUUCAAGUUAAUAAGUUAUGGCUUCGAUUGAACGCAUUUCCCCUUGAAUGUUUAAGACUGACGGUAGGGGAAAUAACGUUAUAUAAUAGAUUACCAAGUUGAAUGUCACAGAGCAAAUUCCAUGUCAAAUACCAAACUAACCAGGGAUAGAAGUAAUGCAUGUCUAAAGAGGCUGUGGUUUAUAGAUAGUCAUGAUUAUAAUACAUUUAUAAUUUCUUAUACUCAUUUAUAAAGCUAUGCUGAAAUUGCCCAACAGUUUUUGCAGAUAUUUGAGGGUCACAUGUGACAGCAUAAGUACCCGUUCACAUGUGAGGAGGUAUUCCCACUUGAACUGUGUAGGAAAGACAUGCCAAGUUGAGGAUUCUCUGGACACAUUGCUCUUGCCGCAGCCCUCACCAGCUGAGCAGUUGAGACUCUUUGCCAGCUUUAAGAAAAGAUCGCGGAUUAAGAUUCCAUCCUUGAAUUCAAAUGAACCAAAAAAAACAAAACAAAUGAGUGAAUCACUGCAACCCAACCUGAACCAUAUCAGCUAUGGAGGGCAAUUUGAAGUUUCUUCAACUGAAGAUGAUAUCGACUGGAGAUCGCAAUGCGGCGGGUCUGGUUCCACUACCAACGUAAAGGCUGGCAAGGUGCCUCCUAACUUCCGAGUUUGGGAACCAGUUGUAAAAAAAACUGACUCAGGUGAAGGCAACAAUGUGUUCAGGUUCCGAGUGGUUUCGUAUAAUGUGCUGGCUCAGUACUUGCUGGAAUGCCACCCGUACUUGUACACGGACUGCUCGCCACGCAACCUGAAGUGGAACGUCAGGGCAGCGCGUCUCUACGACGAAAUCACCAACUUGGCUCCAGAUAUACUAUGCCUCCAAGAAGUCCAGGCCUCUCACCUGGACAGUUUCUACUCCAAGUUCGAGGAUAUGGGAUACUUCGGGAUCUUCAAGCAAAAAACUGGACAUAGACAGGAUGGAUGCGCUAUUUAUUUCAAAACAUCGGUUUUUGAAUUGGAAGAUCAUAUCAGCGUGGAGUUCUACCAGCCGGAGCUUCCGAUCCUGAACCGCGAUAACAUCGGGAUCAUGGUGAAGCUGGUGCCUCGCGCGCAGCCGCGGUCACCCAUCGUGGUGGCGACCACGCAUCUGUUGUACAACCCCAAGAGGACUGACGUCAGACUCGCGCAGAUACAAGUACUGCUAGCUGAGAUUGACAGAUUCGCGUAUUAUACGACCGCUAGAGAGUCGGGGCACUUGCCUAUUAUUCUGACGGGGGACUUGAAUUCAACUCCUGACAGCGCGGUGAUAAAGCUACUUGACAGAGGGCAUGUAAGUGCCAGCCCAUUCCGGGAUAGCUCUGACUGGAAGAGGAUAGGGGUCACCGACAACUGCCAGCAUCUAUCAGUCUACUUGGACCGGCUGGAGGGACGGAACUCGCUCUACAGUACUAUUAAGCCAAAUGACGUCCACUGCUGGACGGAGGCCUCGCACAAGGAUUUCCACAAGCAGCGGUACUGCUCUGCCCGCCUCAAGAUAUACAACUCGGACUACUGCGCCGACUUGUCCCAAUGUUCCACGCCCGACCCUCCCGGCAUGGAGUAUAGCGAGCUAUUCAACAGCGGGGACAUCGGGCACUCGCUGCGGCUGAUGUCUACGUACGACAAGAUUAAACCUGAUGGCAGCACUGAGGCGUCUACGCUGCAGGACUACUGGGUCACUGUGGACUACAUUUACUUCAGUUUAUGCAGUCGCUUGAAGCUAGUGGACCGUCUGCGCCUGCCUACUGCAGCGGAGUGCGCCGCGCUAGGCUGCCUGCCAAACGACGUGUUCGGAUCCGACCACCUGGCGCUCGCCGCCGCCUUCGAGCUGCGCCCCUACAAGUCUUCCUUAUGAUGGCGGUGCAGGUGUCCUGAUCCGAGCUAGGCCUCAUGUGAGUUGCAAGGCGACUGACGCACACACCUGUGCAAGACAUACAAGUGCAAAUGCACUCUAACGACAGUACUUUAACUAGUCGGAGACUUAGACAGUCUGAUAUUCUCUCUCUAUUUCUGUGUGCCUACCAUGAGUUUACGUCAGGUGUGCUCGCUAGCGACUGCGUAAAAAAAUGACAUUUAAAUGUAUGACAUAUUGUGCAGCGCCCCUAGCGGCUAAUUUCAAGACAUAAAAUCUUCAUAGAAUUUUUUGACGUAUUCGCUAGCGAACUCACCUAACGUAAACUCAUGGUAGGCACACAGAUAGAACAAACGCCACUCGGCUUGAUCUAUAUUCGAACUGAACUAGAAUAGUGACAUGCACCAUCAAAGUAAACCGUUAAUUCAGCACUUACCAAUUCGUUAUUUCACACUUUUAAAAACGUAAUGAUUCGUUUAUUAUUCAUUACAUUUCAAAAGAAAAUAUGUUUGUGUAAUUGACACAGACCAAAAUCAAAUCACUCAAAAUGUUCUGUUACAUUGGAAGUACCGCUUAACCUGUACAGCACCACGUCUCCGAACCAGCACGUUCCUAAAAUCAAGUAUUAUUUACACAAUAAUAAAUAAUUACACUGCUGCGGUGGAUUUUCCCAGUCACCUGUGGAUGCUGUCUGUCGUCUUCCAACUCGCACUCAUAGGAAUCCAGUGGUUAAAUCCGUAACUACUCGUUUAAAACACGAAAGUGAAAGCUCCGUGUCUAAACAUCCCUCUAACAUCCUCGCAUUACUAAUAGGCGUGAGGUUACAAAAUAUUAACUAAUGACCUUUUUAUUUAGAUUGGAAAUGUGUUAAAUUUGAUUUAUCGUCAAUCACAUUGAUGGUACUAAGUCCGCGAAUCUUCUAUUAGCGCUGUCGCUUACUAUGCCACAUGUAAUUGACUAAUUCUAGUGACUCGUGUCACUCACUAGAGGCGCCACUAGUGCAAAAGCCAUUAUCGGUGUCAUUAGAUAAUGAGUGAUCUCCUCCCAUAGACCAGUGUUGCUGAUCCUCUAACUAAAUGAUUCAAAGUUUAAAUUCAAACCUUUAAAAGUAUUAUUAUUAAAGUUUGUAAGAACGGGAAAGUUUUAGUAUAAAAUAAUGUAGAAAUAAAAUAUUCAAAUAACUCUAUUAAGUCUGACGCGCUGUCUGCAGUGUAAAUAUAAUUAUCCUUAUUAACAUUUUACCAAUUGAAUAAAUUGUGGCAAACUGAGUGACAGCGCUUAUGUCUUCUGUUUUUCAGGCAAAGCAAACCCUCUGUUAGGACAGUAUAUUUAUUGGUAUAGUGAAUUUUAAUUAAAAUGUAGAUAUCUUAGAAGCUUGUCACAACGUGAAUGACUUGAGUUAGAUUGUAUGUGUAGUUCACUAACACAAGGUUUCAAAAUUAAGCUCAUAGCAGACUUAUCAAAUCAGAAAGGGACAAAACCGUAUCGCCUUUAGCGAGCUGUCAUCGCAUUUCGAGCGCUGUCAAUUGUGAGGCGAGGCGAUUAUGUUACGGUGCGGAUAAGUGUGCGUUGCAGUGCAGUAUGAAGUUUCAUAGAAAAGAAUACUGACCGCCUCGCGUUGAUACGGUUACGAUUGAUUGAUCGCUUUCCGGGUUGAUAAAUGUGCGACGACCUUUACUCUUUCCAAUUUGGUUGAUUGCACUUCGCAGAAGAUAAUAAUUGUUGACGUCAAAACGUUCUGAUUGUGUUGGUUUUGAUUUUUAGUAUGAAAGAAGCUGCUAGAAUUCAGAUGCAAGUGAUAAUUGUGAUUCAAUAUAGUUUAGGACCGUGAUCAAUAUUUUUUGUUUUAUGUCGUCUUUAUUUAUUUUGCUGCCACACUAUUGGCAGAAUUUAAGAAUUGUUUAUUAUGUCGUCUGUAAAACGUUUUAAUUCUUAAAUUGCCUAAUAUAUUGAUUUUAUUGGGAAUUUAAAGUAAUCAAUAAGUUUCUAACAUUCAAUGGUUUGGCAGAAAGUUUUGUAGUUUGGUUUUCGGAAAUUUUUAAACGUAGACCUUUAUUUUUACAGAAAGUAAAUUAAUUUUUAUUAAUUGCAGUUUUUAUUUUUAUAUUUCUUUUUAGAAUCACUUCAAUGUUUAAAUAAUAAUAUAACAAGUAAUGUUUGAAGUCUAUAAUGACCGUGAAUCUGAAUAGUUUAAAGUGCAUCAAAUAUUUUCCAUAAGUAUAAAAUAUCUAUAAAUAAUAUUGACAUGAGAAUAUAUUUUUGAAUAAAAGAUUUCAAUAUUUUUUAAAACCUAUAUUCCCAGUAGUGCUAAGGUAGUUUCAUUAAACUUGAAGUGAUUCUUUAAAGAAGCUUUAUCGUCUCGUAUUCUUAUGUAAUAAAGUCUGUAUAUUUUGUACAUAACGUGGGUUUAGUUGUGCGAUUGUUUUGUUAUUCGUCAAACUUUAGUUUCGUCCACACCGAGAGUAGGUUACGUGUUUGUGGUAUUAUUUUAAUAAAUGGCGAUCUUUUA